AUGUUUUAUCUCACCAAUGAGCACCUGUCCGUCUUCAUCCCAUUGGGGUUCGUGGGUAUCUAUCGCUGGUUCUGGUUCUGCGUCAAGCUUCUUGCCUACUGCGUCUACAAGCCAAUCCAGCCUCGGCGAAAGCCACGGUACAUUGCUUCUCGAGAUGUUACCAUCCUGGUCCCGACGAUCGACUCGGGCGUAGAAAUCAAGACCGCCGUUCGGUCCUGGCUCCAAUCCAAGCCCAACAAGAUCAUAUUCAUUACGACGCCAAAGGCCAAGGCUGGCCUCGAGGAACUCGCCAACAGCUGCAAUUCCUCCAGGGACGUCAUCGACGUCAUUACCGUGCCUCGCCCAAACAAGCGCAAUCAGAUGGUUGCUGGAAUCAACCGAGUCAAGACCGAGCUGAUUGUCUUCUCGGAUGACGACGCCAUUUGGCCCGACUCCAUGUUGGAAUGGGCUCUGGCGCCGUUUGAGGACAAGCAAGUCGGCGGUGUGGGCACCAGCCAAACGGUUCUCCCUGUCGGGAAGCGCAUGUCUGUUUGGGAAAUCCUCUCGGCCUUUCGGAUAUCGAUGCGCAAUAUCGAAAUCACGGCAUCGACCUACAUCGACGGCGGCGUCUGCUGCCUCUCUGGACGAACGGCCAUCUACCGCACCAAGAUCCUGCGCGACCCCGAGUUCCAGUGGAAAUUCACGCACGAAUACUGGCUCGGAAAAUAUCACCAGCAUUCGGGCGACGAUAAGUUCCUCACGCGCUGGCUCCAUGCCCACUACUGGAAGACCUUCAUCCAGAGCUGUCCCGAGGUUGAGCUGCUGUCGACCUUCAAAAACAACUGGACCUUUCUCAAACAAAUCCUGCGCUGGACCCGCAACACCUGGCGGUCGGACAUCCGCUCGCUGUUUGUCGAGCGGGUGGUCUGGACCCGGUAUCCCUUCGUUGCCUUCACGAUGCUGGACAAGUUCUUUAAUCCGAUCACGUUGCUCGCCGGGCCGGUAACGGUGAUCUAUCUCUGUGUCAGGAAAAUGUCGGACCCGAGCAGCUUGCCCGUCUACGUUGUCCUUGCAUCGUAUUUUGUCUGGCUGUUCCUGACCCGGUUGAUCAAGUAUAUGCCCCACUUCGUGAGAAGACCGCAGGACAUACUGGCCAUCCCGGUCUGGCUGGGCUUCAACAUCCUCUUUGCUCUCAUGAAGGUGUAUUGUCUCUUUACCCUCCAUGUGACGAGCUGGGGCACUCGCUCAGGCGCCGACAACCAGGAGAAGCACGAUCUCGAGUCCGAGAUGGAUAUUUACAAAGCCCGCUGGAUGGAGUGCCCAGAGCUCGACGAGGGAUGCGAUCUGGAGUCCCAAGACACUGGCGAAACCGACCCCGGAAGCUCGGCCAGUGCCGGCCUCACCGACCAACAAAAUAGUGACAGCGUCGCGGACCUUGUCGAUGGCAUAUCUGUGCUGCACGACUCAGCAAUCGGCAGCGACUCGUUUCUCUCCCUCCGACACAAGCACUGA